ACUCAUUACCUCAUCAUUGGCCUGCAAUUAGCCAACGCAAUCACUACAUCUGCCGGUUACUCAUUCCACCGGGGCUAUAUAAGCAGUUGGCUGCGGCUGAACCUGUGUUUUCUCUUAGAAGUUCACGAUGGCCUUUGCUGGAAAAUAUCAGUUGGAGUCCCAAGAGAACUUUGAGCCUUUCAUGAAGGCCAUUGGUCUCCCUGAUGAUCUGAUUGAGAAGGGCAAGGACAUCAAGAGCAUCUCUGAGAUCGAGCAGAGUGGCAAUAACUUCAAGGUGACCGUCACCACGGGAACCAAGGUCCUGGUCAACUCCUUUACUGUCGGACAGGAGAGUGAGCUGGAGACCCUGACUGGAGAGAAAAUUAAGACUGUUGUGAACCUGAAUGGGAACAAGCUGACUGUUUCACUGAAAAGCAUUGAGUCAGUCACAGAGGUGUGUGGAGACACCAUUACCAACACCAUGACCCUGGGACCCAUUGUGUACAAAAGAGUCAGCAAGCGCAUCUCAUGAUUGUUUAUGUGAAAAAAAAUAAAAAAAGGAAAAUCCA